UUCUGAACACCCAGUAUUACUCCGAAACUAAAACAUCUGCAAAUUGUACGCCAAUGGAACAACCAGAAAAAUCAAGAACUAAUGAGAUCGGACGAUCUGUCUACGCGUAUGCAACACCUGUGAUAUUGCUCGUUGGUUUUCUUGGAAACUCAUUGUCGUUAACAGUAUUUUUAUCAAGAAACAUGAGAAAUCUUUCAGCAAGUUCCUAUCUAGCUGCAUUGUCAGUUUCAGAUCUUUUGGUUUUAAUCUUUUAUGUGACAGUAGAAUGGUUAAAACGAGGCCUUGUUUAUCUCCUUCCGGAGUUUAAAUUACACUUUCUGGAUCAAAAUGGUACAUGCCAGACGUUACUUUACAUAGCUUAUGUUUUACGUUUCUUAUCUUCAUGGCUUGUUACAGCAUUCACUAUUGAAAGAUACAUAGGAGUAUGCCAUCCUCUUUACAGACGAUAUAUAUGUUCAUUACCCGGAUCAAGACGGAUAAUAUUUGGAGUCAUGAUAGCAAGUUGCAUAAUAGUUAUUUAUAAACCAGUUCUAAGUGGAGUUUAUUUAAGUCACGAUGGCAUUCACUAUUGUACCGGAAGUAAAGAUCACGACUUCCUGUCGUUUGUUUUAGAUAGUAUAUUUGCGCUUUUGAUAACAUUAGUACCGUUUGUGAUUAUAUCAGUACUAAAUGUUCUGAUUAUGCGAAAACUUUGUUUACGAAAAUCGCACCGUGAAAACCGAUCGAAAAUCUCAUCUCAAUCAUCAUCAGACGCGAGUUUCAUAAGAUUGGAGUUUACUCUUAUAUUGUUUACAAUUUCGUUUUGCUUUAUAACAUUCAAUGGACCUUACUUUAUUGUUUGGUUCCGGAAUUUUCUACAUAGUAAACACUUAUCAAAACAUUUACAAUAUUCAAACUAUGGCGUGGAGUAUUGGCAGGGUAUCUUGUAUAUAACCAAAACUAUAUUUUAUAUGAAUUACUGUAUUAACUUUUUUCUCUACAGUAUUACAGGGAGGCAUUUUAGACGUGAAGUUAAAUCUUUGUUGACCUUUAAACACAAAAUGACAUCAUCUAGAUUUUCCCGAUCAGCAUCAAAGAAUUGUUCAUGGGUUUAGCUGGUACAAUGUAACAAGGAUAUUUUAAAAAUACUCCUAAAAGUAAAGACAAUAUAAGUUUUAACGUAAAGUGAUUAAGUAAUUGGAAAGGUUAUACAAACAUAUCAGUAUAAUUCAUUAUACCAAGGAACAGUUAAUAAACCGGCCAUAUAAGUAGUAUAUAGUACAAUCGAAGUGUUAUUUGGAACUGUCUUCAACUAGUUUUGAAACUGUGACACAAAUAUAUUAUUUGGAUACACAGUGUAAAAAUGUAAACCGUUUAGGAUGUGUUUAGGUUUUUGCGUCAAAUAAAAUAAUACAAGAGGUGUUCUAUCAUACGUUUGGAAUAAUAAAAUACACAUACAUAUGAUAUUAAAGGGACACCAGUACCGUAUUUGGAGAAGCGAUACCGGUAAAUCCAGAAUUGA